AUGCAGGCCGAGGUGGAUGCUACACAGGACACCGAGUUCCACGACGCCCUGCGCGCACAUGGCAUCAUCCCGCCCAAACCACCCUCGCGCUCGCCCUCGCCCGAGCUUCCCACCGCCUCGGAGCUGCGCAGCCAGGCGCUCAAACAGGCGACGGUCUCUGACCUCGAUCUCGAGCUUGAAGGUGCGCUGGACGAUGAAGAGGAACGGCUGCUCGACAAGAUCCGUCGCCAGCGCAUGGCGCAGCUGCGUGCCGAAACCACCAAGGCGCGUUUUGGGCGCGUCUACCCCAUCAGCCGACCGGACUACACGCGCGAAGUGACGGAAGCCAGCAAGAUCCACCCCGACACCGAGACCGAGUCUGCGCCUGCACAGCCUGCCGAGGGGACGGAUAAGCAGCGUCAGGGCGGUACGGGUGUGGUGUGUUUCCUGUACAAGGACGGCAUCGACACGUGCCGACUGCUCGCCGGCUACCUCGACACGCUCGCGGCAAAGUAUCCCGCAACCAAGUUUGUCAGCAUCGUGGGGGAUCAGUGCAUCCCCAACUAUCCGGACCGCAACCUGCCCACGCUGCUCAUUUACCGAAAUGGCGAGCUGCAUCGCCAGAUCGUCGGCCUGCGUCCCGAGAUCGGCCUCGACGGCAUGAAGACCAAGUGCGAGGAUAUCGAGUUGCUCCUCACGGCAGUGGGGGCCAUCGAGCGCUCGAGCGUGCCCGGUGCACCCACAAACGCGGGCAACGCAAGACCAGAUACAAUCGACGAGCAAGACGAGGACGAGGAGGAUGGAGAGCACAGGAAGCGCGGCAUCCGAGAUGGCGGUAAGCCAAAGACGCAAGAGGAGCUCGAUGACGAGCUCGAUUGGGACCUAGCACGUUUCAAACGACCAUGGCUUUCGGCGCUGCGACGCUGCGAAUUGCACCGAUUCCACGCGCUCGCCGCCGGGAGAGGAAUUGGAUUCUUCUCGCAUCUUUUGCUCUCCGCAUUCCAAUCCCACCGCAACCGUGCACCAACCUCCACCUGCGCUUUGCCUUUGCACUAUCAUCUGCUCUUGCGCACCACCUCACCUUUGGCAAAAAUGACGACGCCUGACCGCUUAGGAGCACCUGAAGACCUGGGAGUAAUCGAGCUCUUCGGCACGUCCUCCUCCACCUUUACACGAUCCAUUGCACUUGGCCUGCACGAGCUGGGGAUCCCGUACAUCUCCAUUGAACGUGCUGCGCAUUCGGUCGACAUCAAGUCUCGUAACCCCUACGGCACGGUACCCAUCCUAGUCCACCGUCCCGACGGACUCUACACCCAGCCCUCGGAUAUCGUGACGCUGUAUGAGCCGAGUGCGAUUCGUCGAUACAUCGACGAGUUCCUGGCACCCAUCGUUCACACCAAAGGUAGCGUCAAACACCUCACCCCACCUCUUACCGUCCAGGCGGGGAUUAACCAUGCCAAAACCGUCAUCGAAAGGGCGACCCUCGAUGGAAAAGUAGCCAGCUUCAUUCAGACACUCUAUCCAGCUGUCGAAGGAGGCGUGGUUAAACCGGCGGUGCAGAUGAAGAAAAAUGGCGCUGAUAGAGAGUCCAUCCUCGUAGCACUCCAACCGGGACUCGACAGAGUUCAUCAACUCUUGGAAAUCAUCGAACAUCAAAUGGAAUCUUGGGAUCAAGGAAUUGUGACGUGGGCAGAUCUGUUUCUGUAUCCCAUCGCAGAUGAUCUGAGGAACUCGCCAGCGGCAGACCUCGUGGCGGGCAACAGCCCUGCUUUCCCAAAAAUCGCAACAUGGAUCACAACCAUGGACGCCCGUCCAAGCGUCCACGCCAUCAGGUCGUAG